ACCUUCUAUGCUACAGUACAUAGAAGUUAAAGGAAACUGAGUAGCAUCUGCCUUUAUCAUGUCUUCUGACCAAAACAAAGUGACUGUUGCUUCCUGUGAGACGACUAAUGAGGAGCAUCAGUGUGUAGUAGGCAGAGUGACAAGCUUACCAUUGGUCAGCUCAACUUAUGACAAGGUCUCUGAUGCAUACACUGCUACCAAAGAAAACCAUCCACUCAUCAAGUCGGUAUGUGAUGCUGCAGAGACUGGAGUGAAGACAAUUGCCAUUGCUGCAGCUGGUACUGUGCAACCAAUUUUGAUCAAACUUGAACCUCACAUUGCAGCAGCAGAUGAAUAUGCCCACAAGAGCUUGGACAAGCUAGAGAAAAAACUACCAAUUCUUCAACAGCCAGCUGACCAGGUGAUCUCAGAUGGCAAGGAGCUAGUUGUUUCCACAGUAACUGUAUCUUUUGCUUCUGUCACUGGAAUGAUGGACAUGGCUAAAGAUGCUGUGCAAAAUAUGAAGCUUGCAUCAUCACUGAAGGGGUUUGAGAUGGCUUCCAUUGAAGAGCAAAAACAGCAGAAAAGUUACUAUGUGUGUCUGGGCUCUCUCUCAACCAAACUCCGCCAUCGUGCCUAUCUGCACACACUGGGCAAGCUGAAACUAUGUGGGCAAAGCACCCAGGAAGCCCUGUCUCAGCUUUCGCAAACAAUUGACCUGAUGGAUUGUGUUAAGCAGGCUGUGGACCAGAAGCUUCAAAAUGGCCAUGAGAAGAUGAACCAGAUGUGGCUGGCCUGGCUCAGGAAACAGCCAGGAAUGAGUGAGGACAACAUACCUGCACAACCAGAGAUGAUUGAAUCUCAAGCUCUGACUGUAGCCUGCAGAGUUAUCCAGCACUUGGAGGCCACCUCUCUUACCCUAAUGUCCAAUAUCCAGGGCCUCCCAGCCAGUGUUUACAACCAGGUCCAACAAAUCAAAGGCAACAUAGAAGACCUUAAUGCUGCUUUCUCCAGUGCUGCUUCCUUCCAUGAUCUUUCUAGCAAUCUCCUCUCCCAGAGCAGAGAGAAGGUGGCUGCUAUACGUCGGUGUCUGGAUGAGCUGCUGGAGUAUGUGGUGCAUAACAUGCCCCUUACCUGGCUUGUAGGACCCUUUACUCCAGCUGGAGAGCAUGUAGAGGAUGACUAGGUGAAGGACUAGACAAUCUUUGACUUUCUGGUAAUAAAUGAUGAAUGUCUAGCUCCUUGCAAGGUACAUGAGCGAGUUCUGUGCCCUGUGGAAUGUUGACUUGUGGCCUGGAAGGAUAUUGGAGAAGUAGAAAAUCUGCACAAUUAAAUGCAUCUAGAACUCCCUCUUGCCAUGAAAUUCAUUUGUUCAUAGUUGUGAAAUCACAUGUAGGCUUGGUCACACAUACAAUGUUUCUGUAUGUAUCUAAUUCCUGACCAGGAUUAGGUGCAUUUAUAGGGUAGAUCAAAAUGCUUCUGAUGCUGAAAGGGAAACUGUUUUUCCAACUAUACUGGGCAAAAGUGAAGAAUGAGGGACUGAGAGCCAUUCCUGGAAGAAAUGUAUAUCUAAAUAAAAAUUGUUAAAGCCUUAAGCUGGCUCUUCUGCAGAUAAAUAUACCCUCUUCUUGUAAUAUAAAGGAACUUGCUUGUUCUCUGCCCUUACAGAACUGAACAGUGAUAGCUGAAGGCCUACUAGAUUCAGUACAGAGUGGGAUGACACUUGGCUAGUCAGGCAAGUCAGUAGUCCCUUUUUGGAGAGUGAUGACAGAAACCAGCAACCAAGCUAGCAAUAAGGGAGUUGCAUUUUUAAAAAUCUCUUGGGAGAAGAGGGAAGUCUUAGUCACUCUUGGGUGUAGGUUUGUAAUGGUUUCUGUCUAGUUUGGGCUCUAUGGUGUGGGCUUUGUUGCUACCUUAACAGCUCACUACUCCAAACAUGGUGGCUAAGUUGCUGACUCCCUGUUGCAAGGAAGGGUACCUAUCCUAAGCAGGCCAAGUACUAUUGAAACCAAGACCCAGCAAAUGAGUUAUGUGGUCAUAUAGGGAUGGAAAGAUUCCAACUACUACCAGACACCUAGUUCAUGAAACAAAUGUAGACAGUACCUCCCAUUUGCUGGACCAGGUGCAUCAAACUGGACCACCACUGAAUGAGCACCAGCUCAGUACAUAAUGAAUGGCCUAAAGGUGUAAUAAUGGAGAGGAACAAAGAAAGGGUGUGUUUAAUACUCAGCAACUACCUCCAGAGGAGACUACUACAAACUGAAGCAAGAGUUCAGCAGAAGACAAUCAUGUGCUGACCAGACAUGGGUCGUCUUGUGUGCAUCCCUGGGGCAUAGUAUACGGUGACAGCCUUUGUUUGCUGCCUAAUUAUUGUAUGCUGCUACUGAGAUCAAUCAAGGUCUCUAAGAUAAUCAAUGGGAUAUGUUGUGAGUUGCUCAUUUUGGGGAU